UAUCGUCCAAAUGAUGGCAAAUAUAAUGUCGAUAACAUCGACCCAUUCUUAUGCAGUCAUAUAAUCUACGCGUUCGCCAUUUUGGGCGACGACCACAAAAUCAAAAGUCACGAUCCAUACAACGAUUUGACCGACAAUUACGGAAAGGGAUCGUACUCUAAGUUUAACGCUCUAAAGGUUAGAAAGAGCGGAUUAAAGACUAUGAUAGCGAUCGGCGGUUGGGAAGAGGGGUCCGUUAAAUACUCUGAAAUGGUGGCCAAACAGACAUCGAGAAAAGUUUUCGUCGACAGUGUGGUUGAGUUUUUAGGCAAAUACGGGUUCGAUGGACUCGAUUUUGAUUGGGAAUAUCCGGCGAACAGAGGCGGCAAACCUCAAGACAAAUACAAUUUGGUUCAUCUCUUUAGGGAACUAAAGGUGGCGUUCGCUCCGCGCGGAUAUUUGCUGACAUCUGCCGUGUCCGCCGGUAAAGAGAUUAUAGACAAUGGUUACGACAUACCCGACUUUAUAAAUGUAAUGUGUUACGACUAUCAUGGCGGAUGGGACAAAGCGACAAGAUUAAACUCACCACUAUAUGAUCGGCCAAGCAUAACAAAUGAUAAAUAUUUUAACGCGAAUUUUUCGAUAAAUUACUGGAUUUCAAAGGGUGCGCCCAAACAUAAAAUAGUGAUGGGAAUGGCAGCGUACGGACGAUCGUUUACGUUAGCCAACCCAAUAAUUAAUGGUUUGUCAGCUCCCGCUCCCGAAAUGGGUCAACCUGGACCAUACACCAGAGCACCUGGGAUGUUAGGAUAUAACGAGAUAUGCCGAAUGAAAGCGAGCACCGGGUGGACAGAAGUUAGAGACCCCUAUCAUUUAACGCCAUAUGUUUAUCGGGACCGAGAGUGGAUAGGCUUCGAUGACACGCAACGUAUUCAACUAAAGGCACAAUUCAUAAAAUCUAUGGGUUUGGCGGGCGGUAUGGUGUGGUCGCUGGACACGGAUGACUUUCAUGGCAAAUGUGGUCCGAAAUACCCACUUCUAAAUGCCAUAAGCUUAGUGUUCGGAGAAGACGGUGAUUGUGAGAUUUCUUACGAACCAAUUGAGCAAGGUCAGAACCUGAAUGCAACUACAGACAUAAGUCCCCUGAAUUCAACUACAGACAAAAGUCCAUUUUCGUGUCCGGGUGUCGGAUAUUUCAAGAAUCCACACAAUUGCCAAAAGUGUUACCAAUGUGCGCCAACCACCAUCUUGAACAGCUAUCAAGCGUACGAGAAGGAUUGCAGGAAUGGAACGGCGUUUAAUUCGUUUAUA